AUGGUCCGAUCAGGGUCGCUUUUGCUUCCCGUCGGGAUCGCGCUUGUCCUUCUCGCAGCACUCCCGUCAUCCACGUGCGCGCGAUCCGAGGCUAGCUUCAACCCUAACACAGGCGUAGCUUCCAAAGCUGGCAUUACCGUCCCCAGCUUUAAAUUCAAUUUCAAGUUCGACUUCCAUAGGGUGUCGAACCCGCUCGUGUUCUUCGCGAAAUGCGACAAGUCUUCGCUGGCGGGUUUCUCCUCAUCGAAACAGCUCACUAACGGGCUCACCCUGCACUGGCAGGCAGUGUCCAAGUCGAGCGAGCAGCUUCAACUGGCGCUCGAGGCGAAAAAAGGCACUCCAGCUGCUGCGAGCUGGUUCGCCGUCGGUUGGUCGCAGAGCGGCAAGAUGGGCGGCAGCAAUGUGAUUGUAAUGGAGGAUGUCGGCUCGGCGCCGGGCCAAUACGAUCUCGAGAGCGAUCCGCUGUACACCGCGAAGGCUGUCGCUGCUUCGUGGUCCGCGAGCUCGUACAGUAUUACAGAAGAUGACAAGUCUGUCGUUAUGCAAUUCUCCCGUGGAAUAGGCGAUCCCGGCAGCGUUCCUUUGAAGCGUUCGGGCUACAGUAACAUGAUUUGGGCGUAUGGUGCGGGGAUUUGGGAGUCGGAUGGAGGUCACGAUGCCAAGGGUGCCACUGUAGUCGACUUCUCAUGCAACGGUUGCAAGGGGGUCCUCCGGAGACGUUGCUGA